AUGCUGGUGAACGAAAUCAAUUUCUCUCAUAUCUCCGGGCACUCAUAGCACUUUCUGAGCGGGAUUAUCUCAAUAAGCUGUGCUGAGAGUACCGGUGCGGCUAUGUAAUGUUUACCCCCUCCCAAUGUCCCUUCUAUCUAGCUACAUCGUUACUUUGUUCUUAGCAACAGAAAGUGGCCCCCUAUCGAAAGGUUACAAGUGUAUAAUGAGAACUAGCACUGCAGAUAUUUUUAAAGGCAAGAAAAGCAAGACGACUUGUGCGAAUUGUCAGAAAUUUGAGUACACGACAAAAUCAUGUUGACUUUGCCCAUUAGGUUUAGAUGGAACUUUCCCUGCUAAUAACCUUAGAUGCGGAAAUCCUCUAAACUGCGAGCGUCGUGCCGAAUCAGAAAGCCAGCGAGCGCUUUGGAACAUCUAUGGAAAACUCCCGUUUAAUCUGUUUCGAUUUCUGCCUGGAGAAAAAAGUGCCUUUUUGCCGAGUCGGAGUUUUAUGUCAAGCUUACUGAAAUGCAGUGUUUCGGCGGGUACCUGAUGAGCUUGUUCGAGGAUAGUUCUAUAAAGUUGUCGGGGAAAGUUCCCUUUGGGCCCAAUUUUGGCUUCAUUGGCUAUUCUAGGAGGUCUAUCUAUUCAGGAUUCUCAAUACAUUUCCUGAGCAAUGUCACCAUGGCUACGGUGGAAUGGAAAUGCACUUAUAAUAGUGCGGCUCAUUAGCAAUAUCAGGCUCAAUUAGUGAUCUC